UGUUUGAUGUUUUGACUUAUCCAGCGUUUUGGUUUUAUGAAAAACGAAAAAAUAAACAAAGGCUCUUAACAAUGCUCCAACGGUUAUCUUUAUGAACAGGAUCUGGUGAUCUGUUAAAUUUGCGUUAUUAUCCAUUUCUAGUAAUUCACAUCGGCUGUAAAGUCUAACCCAUAAUCGAUUUUGAGGCCAAUCAGGAUUCCAUGCAAGGUAUUUUUAUUGACUGUGUUGUAAUGCUGUAAUGAAGAUGAAGAGGAAAAGAAAAAGUGGUUGUCCAUCUCCCCUGCUCGAAGAGAGUCCUAAAAGGACUAAAGUACAUGCCCAACGAAAGUUUGCCCAGGGCUCCAAUGUGAACAGUCCCGUCAUAACCCCGAUUAGAGAAUUAGAAUCCGAGAGCCCAAAAAUUGAUGUAUUACCAGAACCAGUGGAACUACUUCCUAUAAAACGACCAAACACUGAAGACUUCCUAACAUUUUUGUGUUUUCGAGGAACACCUAUUCUCCCUCCGGAUCUGAAUUUCUUCAAUACAGCUUCUAUAGUUGACACGAAUGGCCAAGUCCAUGAAAUAAAAAGCGAGUCUUCGCCUAAAAAUGGUCCUAUCGAUAUCGGAAAAUGUGGAACGUCUUCUGAAAAACCAUUCAUUGCAUUUGGAGUGAGAAAACGGGCAGAUCCGAUCGUCAUCAGCCGACAAAUGGAUAGAAAGAGGCGCCACGCUCUUGCGAUACAAGCGCUUCGCCGAAAAUAUCAGGAACAGAAGAUGGCCAAAAUUAGGGCUCUCACAAUAAGCAAGUUGUCUGAAAAGGUCACCAAUAAGACAUUGGUAAGAACGAACACGGUAUCGAAAACAGAAACUGUCACAAAAAAAAGUAAUACCCUGCACAAAACAAGGGUAGUAGCUACGAAACAUGUUAAAGUCACAACACAAACUCUCAAAACCACCUUGAGGCCCAAAAUUAAACCUAAGAUGUGUUUGAGGAGUUUUAGAGGCAGAUUCGUGCAAAAGGAACUACCUUUUAGGAAAAAGGUUGCUGCAAGAGAAAAGGUUCUUAUAAGAAAACCUUUGGUGAGACAAGUAGACACUAAGAAAACCUUGGAGAAACCAGAAUCAUCUGAAGACGAGGAGCCAACUGCUGAACCUCCAGAAGAGAUGAAAUCAGUGCCGGUUUUCAAAUCGAACAGGAAAUACCAAUCUGAGGCCGAUCCAAAAACCAGUCCUCGAGUAACCAGGUCUGGUAUAUCGGAUAAAAACAAAGAAAUCAGAAGGAAACAAAUAAAGAAAAGAAUACUCAUGACCAAUCCAAAUACCAUUAUGAAACCAAGAUCACUUAGGUUGACGACUUUGAAAAAGACUGUUCUCUCUCAAAGGAAAUGUAAAUCUGUCAAAGUUAAACAGAGGUUGAGGGCUUCACAAAAGCAGAAAGCUCUAGGAAAACAGGGUGCUAGUUUUGAUAAGAAAGAAAAAGAGGCCCCUGUUGAUAACAAAGUGGGAACAACUGAAGUUAAAUCAUCUGAGAAUGUUAGGCGUAAUGUUAGGAAUCUUGAACAUAAAGAUUCGAAACAGGGUGAAAAGAAAAGCCCAAACAAAGGUGAGGAUGUUGGAAAAUCAACAGCUAUAAAGAAAGAUUAUAAAAAAGUUACAGGUUACAAAAAGGAAACGAAUAAAUUUGUUGACAAAGAUAAAAAACAGAUGAAUAAGAGUGUCGACAUUAGGAAAGAGGUAAUGAAGUCCACAGAUAUAAAAAGAGAUGUUAAUAAAACUGUUGAAAUCAAAAAGAGUACUAGGAUUUCUAAUAUAGUUCAAAAAAAAGAAAUCAAUGUUGCAAAAAAAAUUGCCAAAUCACCUGACGUCAAAGCCGAAGCUAGAGAUAAAUUAGAAGAAACAAAAAGGGGUUUAAAUGUAGCCUCAGAUAAGGAAAGAAGACAGACUUCAAAAAAAGAAAAAGUUCCAGAAGAUCAGGAUCAAAUGAAGUUGAAAGAGACGUCUGAAUCUGUGAAUCUUAAAAAACUUGAGAGUAAAUCUCCAGAUUUCCUAAAGAAUCCCAGUGGAGAAUCACCUGAUAAAGUAUUGAGAAUAGACUAUGUAAAACCGACCCACUUGAAAAAAUCAAAAGCUUCAUAUCUAGUUGAAGAAACGCCGAAAAAAAUAGAUGAUUCUGAUACUGACAUUGAAGGUGAAGUAAACCAACAAAGUUCAGAACAGAAAUCUAUAGGCUCCAAAAAAUCAAAAAUCGAACCAGAAUAUGGUGAGCAACAGGACAAACAUAAUAGAGUCUUGAAGAGCAAGAAAAAUAUCACUAGUAAGUCUAUCAUUAACAAAGCUACAGAACCCCCAAUGACUAAAAAGAAAACGAACACUAAAUCAGUUGAAAAAAUUGAUGUCAAAGAGGCAAUAAAAACAGGAGAGGCAGAUCCAAAUCCAAAAAAACCAUCCGAUAAAUUUCCGUGUUCUAAGAAACAACUCACAGCAGUUGAUAGUGUUAAAUUUAAUGAAAAAGAAUCCAAGAAACAGGCAGGUAAAGCAUCGGCUUCAACUGGAAGUUCUGAUACUGAAUCAGAAAAUGAACUCGACAUGAAGCUCAGUAAAUUGUCAAAAAAGUCAAAGUUAUUGCAAGCUUACGUCGAUAUUCAUGAAGUAAAAGACUCGCAAGCUAAACCAUCUGACCAUCAAGCCAAAAAAAUAUCAACUAGUGACGUUGAACAUGAAGAAUUAAGAAAGCUGACAUCUACAAAGAACGCAGGUGAUGGUGGAAAAGAAUUGAAUAAAGAUACAGUCAGUGAUAAAAAGGUGUCUGGCAAAUCUUCCUUAACUGAUGGAGAUUCUGUUGGUGAAGUUGGAAACAGUGGGAAAAUGAGAACCAAAAAGAGAGUUGGGAGUAAACCAUUUCCUAAACGCCAAACUGCCUCUGAUUAUACUGUUGAUAACAAUCUUGAUGACUUUGAAAAGAAGAUAAAGUCGAAUAAUGAACUACUGAAAGCUAAUCUCAAUGUGGAUAAAGAAAAGAAAACGUUAUUGGUUGAGGACAUUGAAGAUAACACAAACAAAAUGAUUCAAAAGCCAAACUCAGAAGAAGUGCAAUGUAAGACAACUCAUAAGGUUGAAAGUGAUAUGAAAAAGUCAACAGCCAUAUGUCAGAGUAUAGAAAAUGAGGAUACCUGUAGUCAAAAAGAAAAAGAUACUGUAACAGACAAUUCAACAGAAACCAUUGAUUUAGUUGAAUUAAAACAGACUAUUAGUAAACAGAAUCUCAAGAAUGAAUUAAUGGACAGUCUAGGUGAAAAUGAUCCAAAAAAAUCAAUUCGUAAAAGAGACAAAUUGAAAAAUGAAGUUGAUGAAAUAACAGAUAACUCUAAGAAAGUAUUCUCAAGACAAAUAAUAAAUGAUGAAGACCUGGGAACAAGUAAAGGUAUGGAGGAUAAUAUCAAUGAAACAAUCAAGGCUGAAAAAAGUACUACUUUUGAUGAGGUUGACUCAGAAGAUUCUUUGAAUAAAGUUAAGAAUAAGACGGUAGAAACUAGGCCUAAAGAGGAACUUAUUGUUUCUGGAAUCUCAGAAUAUGACAAGAUAGAGGAUACAAAGAAAACUAAAGCACUAGCUAAUGAACAUAGAGAUGAAGCAGUGGAUUUCAACAUCAGCAAAGUGAAAGAUCUGAGGAAGAGAGAAGUAAAUAUAGAUGAAAGACCUACAAACAGACCUGCAGAGGAGAUUAUUGAAACAGCUGAUUCACGUGAUAUCAAAUCUGAAGAUGAAUUGAUUGAGUUCACCAAAAAACCAAUAGCCAUGAAAUUAUCAGCUAGAACCAUGAGAAAAAUGGAGGUUAUUUCGUGUGAUGAUUCAAAGAGAACUUCUGUUGAUAAAGAGGAAGAUGUCAAAAAAAGAUCAACCAAAAAGACAAUGAAAAAAAAUAAAAGUAAAUCAGUAAAACCUGAAGCCCCAGAAGAGGUAGCAGAUUUGAUAAAUAUCACUGAUAAAAUGCAAAAGUUGGAAACGGGAUCAGAAGAUGAUAUAAUGAAUGACGGACACAAUUGUGAAAAUACUGAGAAAAAUUCACUGCAAGUUUUGGAAAUUAUAGAUAAUACAGAAAAAGAGCUGGUUGGAACAAUAAACAAGACAUCACAAAAACAAAAGGAAGGGUUAAAAAAAGGCUUUGUUGCUCUUUCAAAAAAGGAAACUCACAUAGCAAAGGAACUACCAGAGUCAAAUAAUGAAAGUAAUGAAGAGCCGGCCCAAAAAAGAGUUACAGUAGAUACAUGUAGACCAAAAAGGGAUCAACUAAAAAAAGAAAACCCAACAUCAAAGAAAGAUACAGAAAGGAGAAAAGUUAGUGAGAAGGAGGAACUUGUCUCCCCUAAACUCACGCAGAGGCCUACCAGAAAAAGUAAAGAGGCGGCAACCAUCUACAUGGAAAUUUUAAGCCACAAACUAGUGAAUGAUAACAAAGUUGAUGAUGAAGAUAAUGUAUCGAUUGAUAGUUUCCCAGAACUACCCAAUGUUAAAAAAACUGAGCAAAGAGAAAACGAAUUAAAAGCACAAGCUCAGUCCUCGAAAGAUGAACAUAAAGAGAAACCAAAAGCAAAAGAAAUUGAUGAAAAAGCCGACUCUAAUUCCGAUGAGAAUGAUAAAUGUCUCACUGAUAAAAUCAAAAUCAUUGACAAAAAAGUUGCUUCUGAAAAUGAAGCUGAGAUAGUACACAAAGAUGUCUCUGUCAAAACUGGUACUGAUUUGUUUCCUGUUGAAGAAAUUCCGGAUGACAUCAAGUUGAACGAGCUCAAGAGAAAACUUGAGGUUUCUUCUGCCUCCAAGCAGGAACAUAACCCCAAGAAGGCAUCAGGUACGAAAAGGAAAUCUCCUGUUAAAGAUUCUUCACUUUCGGCACCAGAUUCAGGAGAUAAUACAAAAAGUGCUAAGCUGAGGAAAUCUGACAGUCCUAAACGCGCAAGAAAUGAGGGAAAGGUCGGACCCAAAAGACCAACUAGAAGCGCAUCUCAAUUGAACAAAGCUGAACAGAGUUACGAUUCAGAUGAGUCAUUCCAUAUCGAAGUCAGAGUGCCUAGAAAGAAAAAAAUUACCAGAAGUAAUAAAGUAACGAAGAUCCAUAGCAGUGAUGUGUGUUUGGAGAAACCUAGUGCGAGUUUGAAAGCAUCACCUGUCGCCAAACAGAAGUCCAGCUCUAGCGAUUCUGACCAAUCAACAACGUCGGAUAUUAACCUCCAAACAUUGGCAAACAAGGCGAAGAAUAAGAAGUUUUCCAAGACGAAAUCUAUGAAAAAAACUGACCACGAGUUUAGCGAUUCUGACGAAGAACCAUUGUCGAAACUAACCAACCAGAGCAUGGUGGGGAGUCAGAAAUCCGGGCCUCAAACGGAGAAACCUAAGGAAGAAAUUCCAAGUAAAACCGCACCUAAAGCUAAAAGCGCCUCUGUGAAAACAUCACUGAAGCCGGCUGAAGUCGAUGUCGGCAAAAGUGAGGUCAAGCCCAAACGGGAGUGUGCUAAGAUCCCUCAGAACUACCUGCCGAUGCUGUCUUCCUCUGACGAGGACGAGAUCUUUCACGGAUUCGAUGAGAAGAACGUCAAAGCCAGCAAAAGUAUCUCGGCCAUGCUUCCGACUUGUAGCCACGCUCCGCCUCUCCUCGAUCUUCUGCACAAAGACUUGGGGAAACGGUUCGGAAAGGAGAAGGUCAACAUGUCCAACGAGCAGAUAGAGAAAUGGCUGAAAGACUCUGCCUUGGCUGGAAGCAGCAUCAAAAAGGAAAACGACGAGAUGUUGAAGUUCGGGGAACUCAUCCCCACAGAGUCAACUCUAGAAAGUUCGGAACCUGUCGACACUGAAAAACUAAAACUCGCCCUUCUGGAAGGGUCUAAACCUGAGGAUAAGACGAGUUGCAAUGCCGAGUCUUCGAGUACGACUCCCUUGAAGGGGAUGGAUGUGAAAGUCGGUGACUCCGCAAAACCGCAGAUCGAUAGGAAGCUGAUUUUUCGGAAAUGUAAAAAAGAAACGGCUCCGAAUGUAAACGCGUUUUCUCCGGAAAACGAGAGCAGCGUCUAUGCUUUCGGUGAAGAUAAUGAAGACGUUAUCAGUACGCCGUUUCGGAGACCUUCGAGAAGGCCGUCAAGCACCGCCACCUCUAGGUCGGAGGAUGAAUCUUCGAGGCAGGAUGACUCCUUGAAAGCCGGCCAAUUUCGCAAACCGGUACUGAAACAAGACCUCUCCAGGAGCAGCAAAGAUGACCCGGAACCAUCCACAACAGAGCCUGAAGAGACUUCUCAUUUCUAUAUUCCCCAAAAACCCUCGAAACAUGGCCUGACGAAGCUCCAGAACAAAACGUUGCUGAAAACGUCGAAGAGCAGCGAGAAGCUAUCGGACUUGGAUGAUUUCAAAUACAAAAUCCCGAGCUCGCCGAGCGCUAGUUCUUCGUCGAGCGCGAAACUGUCAAAAAAACCUACGCAGAAGCAGAAGUGCCGACCGGCCGAGUACGUCACGCCCGUUUACGUCUCAGAUUUUCCGAAAAAGACCGAUCCGGCGAGGCUUGUGGAGGCGCCGGUGUUCCAUCCGACCGACCAGGAGUUCCAGGACCCUCUGGAGUACAUCGAGAGAAUCAGGCACAAGGCAGAGCAGUUCGGCAUCUGCCGGAUCGUUCCGCCUGGUGGUUUCAAGCCCGAGUGCAAGGUCACGGACGACAUGAGGUUCACCGCGUACGACCAGUACGUUCACAAAAUGCUGUACCGGUGGGGGCCCAAUUUCAAAGAGUUGAUGGCUAUCAAGAAGUAUCUCCAGACACAGAAUAUUAGCUUGGUUCAUCCUCCGUGGAUCGGCGGUAUGGAAAUUGACUUACCCAGACUCUAUCAAACAGUUCAAACCUUGGGAGGUUUGAAAGAGGUCAUAGAAAAAAAGAGGUGGCCUCGAGUGUCUGAGCUGAUGAAAAUCCCAAAAUCUGCCCAAGAUCGAGUCACGAAACUUGACGAUAUUUAUUGCAAAUAUCUAUUGCCUUACGAUACCCUAUCUCCAGCUGAACGAGAGAAACUGUUUGAUGAAGUGGAGACUGAAUGGGCCAAACGUGAAUCGAAGAGUCUCAUGAAACUCCAGCAAAAAUCGCCGAACGCAGAAGCUGAGGCAGAUUCGGAAGACUUUGAGGAUAACGAUGCCGAAGAAUGCAUCACCAAAGGACGAAACAUGGCAUUGAAUGCUUUUUACAGAAUAGCCAGAAACACCAUGAGCAUGCAUUUUAAAAAUAAUGAACCAUCAGCUCAGGAGGUCGAGCAAGAAUACUGGAGGCACGUCAGUAUGCGACAAAACCACAUAUGCGUUCACUCUGGAUCGAUUGACUGUGGAAACUGGGGUUACGGCUUCGCCACAGCGAAAAACAGUCCAUUCGCAAGGCAUUCUUGGAAUCUGAAAGUUCUUACUAACAACAACGCGUCAGUUUUGCGUUCUCUUGGACCAAUCAUGGGUGUUACCGUACCAACCCUCCACGUCGGGAUGGUAUUCAGCGCUUGCUGCUGGUACCGGGACCCCCAUGGCCUCCCUUGGAUCGAGUACUUACACACAGGGGGCAAUAAAAUCUGGUACGGCAUCCCGAAUUCCGCGAGCGAAGCCUUUCAAUCUGCUCUCAGACAACUCGUCCCGAACUACUGCAAAAACAAAGAGCACUGGCUGAAUUCCGACACGGUUAUGGUUCCGCCCAACCUCCUCGUGGAGCAUGGCGUUUCCCUCUGUCGCACAAUUCAGGUACCCGGACAGUUCAUCGUCGUGUUUCCAAAAGCGUUCACGUCCAGCGUCAGUACGGGCUAUGUGGUUUCCGAAAGCGUCUACUUUGCUCCGACUUACUGGCUGAAGACUGCACGAGGGCUUUUUGAUGUUCUGAGGAACAGCAGCGAGCCCUCCAUGUUUUCUCUGGACAGGCUCCUCUUGAGCAUAACGAAUGACACCAGGUGCAGUGCAGAUAUCUUGAGGCAGGUUCUACCGCAUGUGCAGGAAUUGUGCGACAGGGAGAUGCAGAGGAGGGACAAGUUGAGGAGCUUAGGAGAAUUGACGAGAGAGAGGCUGCCAAUUCCGGAAGUCAACAGGGGGAAGAAGAAGAAGUUCCAGCAUGGCGAAGAGGGAGACUAUGAAUGCGAGAUUUGUAAGAUGAGUCUUUUUGUUUCUAUGGUGUUCGAUACCCAAGAAGGAUUGACCUAUUGCUUGGACCACGGCAUAGAGAUGAUAGAAUCGAAGAAAGUCUCCUCCGCCAACUGCAAAUUCAUGUUUACUUACGACGACGACGAGUUGGCUAAAGUACCGGACAAAAUGAAAACCUCUAUAGAAAGCAAACUUCAGAAAAAAGUACCGAACAAGUACUAUGGUAUGCCGACGCUUCUUGGUCGCCAAUAACUUCGGUCUGUGUUUUCUUGAUGUACAAACCUGAAGUACGUCAAUAGUGUAGCUUGAUGUCGCUAUCGUAAUCACUUGUGAAAACUGCUUUUGGUAUAGCAGACAUGUUUUCACUAGUUUUCUAGAAGGGAGACUGUGUAAAGGAGAGAUAUUUGUCAAUUCAAUUUAAUUUUUCUCAACAGGUUGAUAGAGAAUGUGCUGAAGUGUAAUAAAGGGCAAACUGAAAAGUUC